UCGCCUAGCAGCCGCCGCCGCUUUGGCGUGUUCAGGAAGAGUUGGCGGGAGCUUGAGAGCGCGAGGACCGCACAGGGAACUGGGAGCCCCGGGUGAUGGCCGAACCCGGAGGUGGUCGCUGUAGAUGAAUGACUGCCGCUGGUUGCAAGGCUUGGUUUAGGAGCUGAAAGACAGUGAAAGGAUUCAAGAUGCCACCUAAUAUAAAUUGGAAAGAAUUAAUCAAAGUUGAUCCAGAUGACCUGCCACGUCAAGAAGAGUUGGCAGAUAAUUUAUUGAUUUCCUUAUCCAAGGUGGAAGUAAAUGAACUAAAAGAUGAAGAUCAAGAAAACGUGAUACAUCUAUUCAGAAUUACUCAGUCGCUAAUGAAGAUGAAAGCUCAAGAAGUAGAGCUAGCUUUGGAAGAAGUUGAAAAGGCUGGAGAAGAACAAGCAAAAUUUGAAAAUCAAUUAAAGACAAAAGUAAUGAAACUAGAAAAUGAACUGGAGAUGGCUCAGCAGUCUGCAGGUGGACGUGAUACUCGGUUUUUACGUGAUGAAAUUCGUCAACUUGAAAAGCAAUUGGAACAAAAAGAUAGAGAAUUAGAGGAUAUAGAAAAAGAAUUGGAUAAAGAAAAGAAAGUUAACGAACAAUUGGCUCUUCGAAAUGAGGAGGCAGAAAAUGAAAACAGCAAGUUAAGAAGAGAGAAUGAACAGCUUCGUCAGGACAUUGUGGACUACCAGAAACAAAUAGAUUCACAAAAAGAGUCCCUUUUGUCAAGGAGAGGAGAGGAUAGUGACUACCGAUCACAGCUGUCUAAAAAGAACUAUGAACUUGUUCAAUAUCUGGAUGAAAUUCAGACCUUAACAGAAGCUAAUGAGAAAAUUGAAGUUCAGAACCAAGAAAUGAGGAAAAACCUAGAAGAGUCUGUCCAGGAGAUGGAGAAGAUGACUGAUGAAUAUAACAGGAUGAAAGCCAUUGUGCAUCAAACAGAUAGCAUUAUGGACCAGAUUAAAAAAGAGAAUGAGCACUAUCGACUUCAAGUGCGAGAGCUUACAGAUCUUCUGAAAGCAAAGGAUGAAGAGGAUGAUCCCGUCAUGAUGGCUGUCAAUGCAAAAGUAGAAGAAUGGAAGUUAAUUUUGUCAUCUAAAGAUGAUGAAAUCAUUGAAUACCAGCAAAUGUUGCAUAAUCUGAGAGAGAAACUUAAAAAUGCCCAACUUGAUGCUGAUAAAAGUAACAUUAUGGCUCUGAAACAGGGUAUCCAGGAACGAGACAGCCAAAUUAAGAUGCUUACUGAACAAAUAGAACAGUAUACAAAAGAAAUGGAAAAAAAUACAUUUAUUAUUGAAGAUUUGAAAAAUGAACUUCAAAAAGACAAAGGUACUUCAAAUGUUUUUCAACAGACUCAUUAUAUGAAAAUUCACUCAAAAGUGCAAAUUUUAGAAGAGAAAACAAAAGAGGCUGAGAAAACAGCAGAGCUGGCUGAGGCGGAUGCUAUGGAAAAGGAUAAAGAAUUGGUUGAGGCUCUGAAGAGAUUAAAAGAUUAUGAAUCUGGAGUAUAUGGCUUAGAAGAUGCUGUUAUUGAAAUAAAGAACUGUAAAGCCCAAAUUAAAAUAAGAGAUGGAGAGAUUGAAGUGUUGACCAAGGAAAUCAAUAAACUUGAGAUGAAGAUUAAUGAUGUCCUUGAUGAAAAUGAAGCCCUUAGAGAGCGGGCGGGCCUUGAACCCAAGACAAUGAUUGAUUUAACUGAAUUUAGAAACAGUAAACGCUUAAAACAGUACCAGUACAGAGCUGAAAACCAGAUUCUCUUGAAAGAGAUUGAGAGUCUAGAGGAAGAACGACUUGACUUGAAAAGAAAAAUUCGUCAAAUGGCUCAAGAAAGAGGAAAAAGGAAUGCAGCCUCAGGAUUAACCAUUGACCUGAGCCUAACUGAAAACUUUUCUCAGGAAGAUAAAAUAGGAGAAAGAAAACUAAGUUUCAUGAGCCUCAAAAAUAUGAAUGAAACACAAUCAAAGAAUGAAUUUCUUUCAAGAGAACUAAUUGAAAAGGAUAAAGAUUUAGAAAGAAGUAGGACAGUGAUUGCUAAAUUUCAGAAUAAAUUGAAAGAAUUAGUUGAAGAAAAUAAGCAACUUGAAGAAGGUAUGAAAGAAAUUUUGCAAGCUAUUAAGGACAUGCCGAAGGAUCCUGGUGUGAAAGGAAGUGAAACAUCUUUAAUCAUCCCAAGUCUUGAAAGACUGGUUAAUGCUAUGGAAUCAAAGAAUGCAGAAGGAAUCUUUGAUCCCAGUUUGCAUUUGAAAGCCCAAGUUGAUCAACUUACAGGAAGGAAUGAAGAAUUAAGGCAAGAACUCACAGAGUCUCGGAAAGAGGCUAUAAAUUAUUCACAGCAGUUGGUAAAAGCAAACUUAAAGAUUGAACAUCUUGAGAAAGAAACUGACCUUCUUCGUCAAUCUGCAGGAUCCAAUGUAGUUUAUAGAGGUGUAGACUUACCUGAUGGGAUGGCACCAUCUAGUGCCUGUGUCAUCAAUUCUCAGAAUGAAUAUUUAGUACAUCUUUUGCAGGAACUAGACAAUAAAGAAAAGAAGUUAAAGCAUUUAGAAGAUUCUCUUGAAGAUUAUAACAGAAAAUUUGCAGUAAUUCGUCACCAACAAAGUUUAUUAUAUAAAGAAUAUCUAAGUGAAAAGGAUAUUUGGAAAACAGAAUCUGAGACGCUAAAAGAGGAGAAGAAAAAACUUGAGGAUCAAGUUCAACAAGAUGCUGUGAAAGUAAAAGAGUACAAUAAUUUGCUCAGUGCUCUGCAGGUGGAUUCGAAUGAAAUGAAGAAAAUACUUUCAGAAAACAAUAGGAAAAUUACUGUUUUGCAAGUGAAUGAAAAGUCCCUCAUACGGCAGUAUACAACCUUAGUGGAAAUGGAACGGCAGCUUAGAAAAGAAAAUGGGAAAUACAAGAAUGAGUUAAUAUCAAUGGAAGCUGAAGUUACUGAAAAAAUUGGAAAUUUGCAAAGGUUUAAGGAAAUGGCCACCUUCAAAAUUGCAGCUCUCCAGAAAGUUGUGGAUAAUAGCGUUUCUUUGUCUGAACUAGAGCUAGCCAACAAACAGUACAAUGAACUGACCACUAAGUAUAGGGACAUGUUGCAGAAAGAUAACAUGCUUGUUCAAAGAACAAGUAACUUAGAACACUUAGAGUGUGAAAAUGCAUCAUUAAAAGAACAGAUGGAGGGUAUCAGUAAAGAACUGGAGAUUACAAAGGAAAAACUCCAUACCAUUGAACAAGCCUGGGAACAAGAAACUAAAUUAGGAAAUGAAUCAAACAUGGAUAAGGCAAGGAAAUCAAUGACAAAUAGUGACAUUGUUUCUAUUUCAAAAAAAAUCACUGUGUUGGAGAUGAAGGAAUUAAAUGAAAGGCAGAGGGCUGAACACUGUCAGAAAAUGUAUGAGCACUUAAGAACUUCAUUAAAACACAUGGAAGAACGUAACUUUGAAUUGGAAACCAAGUUCACUGAGCUUACCAAAAUCAACUUGGAUGCACAAAAGGUGGAGCAGACGUUGAGAGAUGAGUUAGCUGAUAGUGUCAGCAAGGCAGUAAGCGAUGCAGAUAGACAACGGAUUCUAGAAUUAGAGAAGAAUGAAGUGGAACUCAAAGUUGAAGUGUCUAAACUGAGAGAGAUUUCUGAUAUUGCCAAAAGACAAGCUGAUUUUUUGAAUUCGCAACAACAGUCCAGGGAAAAGGAAGUGGACUCCCUGAGAAUGCAGCUGCUGGACUACCAGGCACAAUCUGAUGAAAAGGCACUAAUUGCCAAAUUGCACCAACAUGUUGUCUCUCUUCAAAUUAGUGAGGCCACUGCCCUUGGUAAGUUGGAGUCAGUUACCUCUAAGCUCCAGAAGAUGGAGGCCUACAAUUUGCGCUUAGAGCAAAAACUGGAUGAAAAAGAGCAGGCUCUCUACUAUGCUCGUUUGGAAGGUAGAAACAGAGCAAAACACCUGCGCCAAACCAUUCAGUCUCUACGAAGACAGUUCAGUGGAGCUUUACCAUUGGCUCAGCAGGAAAAGUUCUCUAAAACAAUGAUUCAGUUGCAAAAUGACAAACUUAAGAUAAUGCAAGAAAUGAAAAAUUCUCAACAAGAACACAGAAAUAUGGAAAACAAAACAUUGGAGAUGGAAUUAAAAUUAAAAGGCUUAGAAGAAUUGAUAAGUACUUUAAAGGAUGCCAGGGGAGCCCAAAAGGUACUCAAUUGGCAUGUGAAAAUAGAAGAACUUCGCCUUCAAGAACUUAAGCUAAAUAGAGAACUACUCAAGGAUAAAGAAGAAAUCAAAUAUUUGAAUAAUAUCAUCUCUGAAUAUGAGCAUACAAUCAACAGUCUAGAGGAAGAAAUUGUUCAGCAGAACAAGUUUCAUGAAGAAAGACAAAUGGCUUGGGAUCAAAGAGAAGUUGAGCUGGAACGCCAACUAGACAUUUUUGACCGUCAGCAGAAUGAAAUACUCAGUGCUGCACAAAAGUUUGAAGAAGCUACAGGAUCAAUGCCAGACCCUAGCUUGCCCCUUCCAAACCAACUUGAGAUGGCUCUAAGAAAAAUUAAGGAGAAUAUUCGAACAAUUCUUAAAACACAAGCAACUUGCAAAUCACUUGAAGAGAAACUAAAAGAAAAAGAAUCGUCUUUACGGUUGGCUGAGCAAAAUAUUCUGUCAAGAGACAAAGUAAUCAAUGAACUGAGGCUUCGAUUGCCUACCACAGCUGAUCGAGAGAAACUUAUAGCUGAGUUAGAUAGUAAAGAGCUGGAGCCAAAAUCUCAUCACACAAUGAAAAUUGCCCAGCAAACUAUAGCUAACAUGCAGGCCAGAUUAAAUCAAAAGGAAGAAGUUUUGAAGAAAUACCAGCAUCUUCUGGAAAAAGCCAGAGAGGAGCAAAGAGAAAUUGUUAAGAAACAUGAGGAAGACCUUCAUGUUCUUCAUCAUAAAUUAGAACUACAGGCCGAUAAUUCACUCAAUAAAUUCAAGCAGACAGCCCAGGAUUUAAUAAAACAGUCUCCUGCUCCAGUACCUACCAACAAACAUUUCAUUCGUCUGGCUGAGAUGGAACAGACAGUAGCAGAACAAGAUGACUCUCUGUCCUCACUUUUGAACAAACUAAAGAAAGUAUCAAAAGAUUUGGAAAGACAGAAAGAAAUCACUGAGUUAAAAGUUAAAGAAUUUGAAAAUACCAAAUUACGGCUCCAGGAAAACCAUGUGACUGAAGUGAAGAGAGUGAAAGCAGAAGCAGAGGAUUUAAGGCAUGCUCUUGCCCAAGCACAAACGGAUUACCAGAGUUUAAAGUCAGAACUCCAAGCUCAGAAAGAAGCAAACUCAAGAGCCCCAACAACCACAAUGAGGAAUUUAGUGGACAGGCUAAAAAGCCAACUAGCCCUGAAAGAGAAGCAACAGAAGGCACUUAGUCGAGCCCUUUUGGAACUUAGGGCAGAAAUGACAGCAGCAGCUGAAGAACGCAUUAUUGCUGUCACUUCUCAAAAAGAGGCAAAUCUCAAUGUUCAACAGGUUGUUGAGCGACAUACUAGAGAGCUCAAGUCACAAAUUGAAGAUUUGAAUGAAAAUCUUUUAAAAUUGAAAGAAGCUCUUAAAACAAGUAAAAGCAAAGAAAAUUCACUAGUCAAUAACUUAAAUGAUUUAAACAAUGAACUGCAAAAGAAGCAAAAAGCUUAUAAUAAAAUUCUUAGAGAGAAAGAUGGAAUUGAUCAAGAAAAUGAUGAACUGAGAAGGCAAAUUAAAAGACUGUCCAGUGGUUUGCAGAGCAAACCUCUGAUAGACAAUAAGCAAAGUUUAAUCGAUGAACUUCAGAAAAAAGUUAAAAAACUCGAAAGCCAAUUGGAAAGAAAGAUGGAUGACAUAGACAUAAAGCCUGUGAAGGAAAAGAGUGCUAGAGAAGAAUUAAUUAGGUGGGAGGAAGGAAAAAAAUGGCAAACCAAAGUAGAGGGAAUGCGCAACAAAUUAAAAGAGAAAGAAGGAGAAGUCCACAGUCUGACAAAGCAGCUCAGUACUUUAAAGGAGCUUUUUGCCAAAGCUGAUAAAGAGAAACUUACUUUGCAGAAGAAACUAAAAACAACAGGCAUGACUGUUGAUCAUGUUUUAGGAGUGCGAGCUUUGGAGUCAGAAAAAGAGUUGGAAGAGUUAAAAAAGAGAAAUCUGGACUUAGAAAAUGACAUAUUAUACAUGAGGACCCACCAAGCUCUUCCACGAGAUUCUGUUGUUGAAGACUUACAUUUACAAAAUAAAUACCUUCAAGAAAAACUUCGUACUUUAGAAAAGCAACUUUCAAAGGAUGCAUAUUCUCAGUCUUUGACUUCAGAAAUAGACUCAGAUGAUCAUUGUCAAAAAGAACAAGAACUUCAGAAGGAAAACUUGAAGUUGUCAUCUGAAAAUAUUGAGCUGAAAUUUCAGCUUGAACAAGCAAAUAAAGAUUUGCCGAGACUAAAGAAUCAAGUAAGAGAUCUGAAGGAGAUGUGUGAAUUUCUUAAGAAAGGAAAAAUGGAAGUCGAACGAAAACUUGGUCAGGUCAGAGGGUCUGGUAGAAGUGGGAAGACAAUCCCAGAGCUAGAAAAAACAAUUGGGUUGAUGAAGAAAGUAGUUGAAAAAGUCCAAAGAGAAAAUGAACAAUUGAAAAAAGCAUCAGGAAUACUAACUAGUGAAAAAAUGGCUAAUAUUGAAGAAGAAAAUGGAAAAUUAAAGGCUGAAUUAGAAAAGCUUAAAUCUCACUUUGGACGUCACUUAAGUAUGCAGUAUGAAUCCAAGAACAAAGGCACUGAGAAAAUUGUUGCCGAAAAUGAACGGCUGCGGAAAGAUCUAAAGAAAGAAAUGGAAGUUUCUGAGAAACUGAGGAUAGCUAAGAACAACCUCGAACUGGUCAAUGACAAGAUGGCAGCCCAACUAGAAGAAACUGGGAAGAGAUUACAGUUUGUAGAAAGCAGAGGUCCCCAGCUGGAAGGUGCUGACAGCAAGAGCUGGAAGUCAAUUGUGCUUACAAGGAUGUAUGAGAGCAAGAUAAAAGAGUUUGAAAGUGAUAUUGCCAAAAAGAAUCAAAGCAUCACUGACCUUAAACAGCUUGUAAGAGAAGCAAUGGAGAGAGAACAGAAAGCUAAGAAAUACACUGAAGAUCUUGAACAACAGAUUGAGAUCCUCAGAAAUGUUCCUGAAGGUGUUGAGACAGAGCAAGAGCUUGUACGGGAACUCCAGCUUCUUAGAUUAGCCAACAGUCGGCUGGAUAAAGAAAAGGCAGAAUUAAUCCAUCAGAUAGAAGUUAACAAGGACCAAACUGAGGCUGAAAGCAGCACACCUGAUUCUGAUCAACUAAAGGAAAAGAUAAAUGACCUGGAGACACAGCUCAGAAAGUCAGACCUAGAAAAGCAACAGUUGAAGGAGGAAAUUAUUAAGCUGAAGAAAGAACUGGAAAAUUUUGAUCCUUCAUUUUUUGAAGAAAUUGAAGACCUGAAGUACAAUUAUAAGGAAGAAGUAAAAAAAAAUAUUCUAUUAGAAGAGAAGCUACAAAAACUUUCUGAACAGUUUGGAUUUGAAUUACCGAGCCCCAUUGCUGCUUCUCAACAGUCAGAAGAUGGAGAAAGCCCUAUCAGUUUCCCUAUUUAGUAA